AGACGGUGAUCUGUAUGUUCAGGGUUAACACAUGUUUUUGCUAGGUAUUUCCCGUAAAUGACAGAAACACUGGUAGAGAAUGUAUGCUGCUCUGUCAAUAAGUUAUAUGCCUGGACUAAAUCCCAGAAAUUUACAAAAAAAAACUGCCAGUUGCUUUAUAAAAUGAGAGACUUCUUCUCGGGGAACCAUUGAAGGUGUUUGAUAGCCAACAGAAUCGUGCUGAAGAUGAAGAACUUGUCCUGUUUGCUGGUGUUGCUGUUCUGUGGUCUGUCUGCUGCUCAGGAAGACCAAGAGUCGACACAGCUUCCCUCCUCAACCUUGGAAGACAGGCUGAAACUUCUAGAAAGCCAAGUUGAUCAUCUCCGAAAGAAAGAGAGAACACAGGUCAUCUUCUCUGCUGCAGCAGGAGGAACUGGAACAAUUGGUCCUUUCAAUGUUGACACCACAAUGAUUUACAAAACCGUCAUCACUAACAUUGGCAAUGCCUACAAUUCAAAUACAGGAGUCUUUACCGCCCCAAUGAAAGGGGUGUACUAUUUCUGCUACUUCUAUCAUGCAGGAGGCGAAGAGGGAGUAGUGUUAUUACUACUCAAGAAUGGAAAACGAAUCGUCACCACGUCGGAUCACAAAGCUGAGGAUAAGGCCGACAACGGGGGCAACGCAGUGACCCUGGAGCUGAACGAGGGGGACCCGGUCUAUGUGAUCAUGCGCUCUCAAACUCACGUUUGGGGGGAUGACUUUGGUCAUACCACUUUCAGUGGCUUCCUCCUCAGUGCUGACUAGGACACAGCUGUUUGUUUAUUUCAGAAUGCAUAAACUUCUUGCCUAACUGACAAUCAUGCAUCUUUUAAAGAAUAAAGUCUCCAUACAAAUAC